CUCUCGCUGCUAGCAUGCUAAUGUGCAAAGCAAACUCUUAAGUCAACUUUGCCUUGUGCGGCAGUAUGGAAACGAACGCGAGCAGGUAGUGGACAGAAUCAGCCAGAAAGUUGAGUUAGUCGAAAACCAAGUGGACGUGUCCUACGAAAACUACGCCAACAAAUGCCCCGGCAUAUUUGCCUGCUCGAUGAGUGCAAGAAGUUCCUAGUUUCCAUGGAAUACCGCUUGUUGUGUGAGUGAGUGAUUUAAUCUUCUGAAGCCAGCUUGAAAGAGCAUUCGAGGACAAUGAAUCUGUCUUUUGACGACCCGUCGCUGGAAACCUUGGACUCCAGUAUGUCUUUACAUGAUCCGAGUGAUAUUGACUCGGCUCUGCUCAGCGACAUUGAUGAUAUGCUCCAGCUUAUCAACAACCAGGACAUGGAGUUUGUGGGUCUGUUCGAUCACACUUCGUUUCCUGGUCCCGCAGCCCCCCCUCUCUCCAGCCCUUCCUCUCCUCCACCCGCCUCCUCUACGCCCACCAACACCUCCUCCAUCCUCAGCAGCAGCCCGCACCUGGACGCCCUGCUGGGCCCCCCCAUCACCCGCAGCGCCUCCGUCCCGGACAAGGUGUUCCUCCCUCCCACUUUCCAGCAGUCUCCUCUGGCACAGGUGAGCUCCACCCCUGCCAACCCCGGGACACUGCAGACCACGCAGCCCAAAGCUCAGCCCGCUCCAUCUCCCGGCCUCCAGCCGUCCCCCCCGGCCGGGAAGAGCCCGGUGUUCGGCGUUACCCAGCAGGUCCUCUUCAGCUCACCGCAGCCGCAGCCCGUGGUCACCUUCCCCAUCCAGAACGCUUAUACUGCUGUCACUCAGCAGAACUCUCCUCAGCCAAUCCCGAAUCUCCCCGCCUCCCCACAGAAUGUUCAACCAAUGGCCAUCCAAGCACAGAUGCAGAGCCUCUCGGCUUCACCAAUCCUGACCACCGCCUCCAGCCCACCCACACAGACAAUCUCCCCUCAGGUUCAGCAGGUUCCCGUUUUGUUGCAGCCGCAGUUCAUUAAGGCAGACUCUCUCUUGCUCACUACUCUGAAGCCUGAUUUGACAAUGGUAACAACAGUAGCUUCACCCUGCAUCACAACGCUGGCUACAUCCACUGCCCCAAUCCAGAACACCUCACUACAGGCGCUGAUGAGCGGAGGCACCAUCCUGACCACCGUUCCACUGAUGGUGGACACUGAGAAACUGCCCAUCAAUCGCAUCGCCAUCAGCGGGAAACCGGGCGGCCUGCCACAUAAGGGCGAGAAACGCACCGCCCAUAACGCCAUUGAAAAACGCUACCGCUCCUCAAUCAACGACAAGAUUAUUGAGCUCAAAGACCUGGUGGCUGGGACGGAAGCUAAGCAGCUCAAUAAGUCUGCAGUGUUGAGAAAAGCCAUUGACCACAUCCGCUACCUUCAGCAGUCCAACCAAAAACUAAAGCAGGAGAACAUGGCACUCAAAAUGUCCAUCCAGAAGAACAAGUCUCUAAAGGACCUUGUGACCAUGGAGGUGGACGUGAAACCAGAAAUCCCCACCCCUCCAGCAUCAGAUAUCGGCUCGCCUCAAUCCAGCGGCACCUACUCGCACCACGGCAGCGACUCUGAGCCGGACAGCCCAAUGGUAGAAGACAGCAAGCCUGUGGUGGAGAGGGCUGGAGGAAUGCUGGAUCGCUCUCGUAUGGCUCUGUGCGCCUUCACCAUGCUCUUCCUGUCCUUCAACCCGUUGGCAUCUCUGCUGUGUGGCGGCUGGAGUAGCUCUGGGGCGUCUGUCUCAGGACACACGGGAAGGAGUAUGCUAGCAAUGCAGGAAGCAGCCGAUUCUUGGGCCUGGAUGGAUUGGAUGUUGCCCACUCUUCUGGUGUGGCUGCUAAACGGUGUUCUGGUCGCUGGAGUUUUGAUCCGACUGCUCGUGUAUGGGGAACCUGUGACCAGACCUCACUCAGAAUCAUCCGUCCUCUUCUGGAGACACCGCAAGCAGGCCGAUCUGGAUCUAGCCAGGGGAGACUUUGCUCAGGCCUCACAGAACCUCUGGACGUGUCUCAAAGCUCUUGGUCGACCUCUGCCCACGUCUCAACUGGACCUGACCUGUGCUGUACUGUGGUCCGCCCUGCGUCUGUGUCUGCAGAGACUGUGGGUGGGCCGCUGGCUAGCCAGCCGCGCCGGAGCCCUUCGUUCCAACCGCCCCCUUCAGGAAGACGCCCGCAAGAGCUGCCGUGAUGCUGCCUUGGUCUACCACCGUCUACACCAACUCCACAUGACCGGUAAGCUCGGAGGAAGCCACCUCUCUGCCAUCCACAUGGCCCUGAGCGCUCUCAACCUGGCCGAGUGUGCAGGAGACUGUCUUCCUGUGGCCACACUGGCAGAAAUCUGUGUGUCUGCAGCCCUACGGAUUAAAACCAGUCUACCCCGCCUGAUUCACUUCACUACUCGAGUGUUCUUAAGCAGCGCUCGGCAGGCCUGUCUCUCGCCCAGUGGCAGCGUCCCUCCUGCCAUGCAGUGGUUGUGUCACCCUCUGGGUCAUCGUUUCUUUGUGGACGAGGACUGGUCCAUACGCAGCACCCCUAAAGAGAGCAUCUACAGCCAGGCAGGAAACUCAGUCGACCCGCUGGCUCAGGUGACCCAGGCGUUCCGGGAGCAUCUGUUGGAAAAGGCCCUCUACUGUGUGGCACAGCCUCAAGGCGACAAGACCCUCACUGAUGGGGACGGGGAAUACUCGGACGCUCUGGAAUACCUGCAGUUACUCACCAGUGCCUCAGACGCAGCAGGAGCCACUACACAGUCCUUUGCCAUCGGAUCCAACAUGGCCACCGUCACAGGCUGUGACCCUCACUCCAAAUGGUGGUCGUCGGUGGCCGUGGUGGUCAUCAACUGGCUCCAGGGCGAUGACGCGGCGGCAGAGAGAUUGUACCCAGCGGUGGAACACUUGCCCCUCAGCCUUCAGUCCGCUGAGAGUCCGCUGCCCAAAGCCUGCCUUAACACUUUUAAAGCGGUGCGCUCCCUGCUGGUCAAACCUGGGAGUUACCAGCUCAGCCUCAGCUACUGCGAGAAAGCCAGCGUCCUGUUCAGAGACAGCCUCAACCUCGGCCCACACUGCACCAGCAGCACUCUAGACAAGCUGGUGCAGUUGCUGCUGUGUGAUCUGCUGUUGGUGACGCGCACUAGCGUGUGGCGGGAGCAGCAGGUGGUGUCCCAGCAGAGCUGUCCGACGGCCGCCUCGCCUGUGGAGCUGCAGGGCUUCCAGCAGGACCUCAGCUCCCUCCGCAAGCUCGCUCAGAGCUUCAGACCGGCCAUGCGCAGGUUGUUCCUGCAUGAAGCCACAGCUCGGCUGAUGGCGGGCGCCAGUCCAACACGCACACACCAGCUCUUGGACCGCAGUCUGCGCCGCCGCACGCCUGGAAGCAGAACAGAGGAGUGUGAGACUCAUCCAGGCCAGCGUGAGCAGGCAGAGGCCGUGAUGCUGGCGUGCCGUUAUCUGCCCCCCUCCUUCCUGUCCGCCCCGGGCCAGAGGGUGGGCAUGCUGGUCGACGCCGCCCGCACGCUAGAGAAACUGGGCGACAAGCGCACCCUCCACGACUGCCAACAGAUGAUCAUCAAACUCGGCAGCGGGACGACCGUCACGUCCACCUAGCCAACUACACACCAACACACAAGAGCACUUUUACAAACACACCCCAACAUCUCUCCGUCGAGGAUCAACACGCUCUUCAUUUCAGGCCUCAGUCAACCACAUCCGGGAACGCAAAGACGGUUUUGUUGUUUUUCGUUUUUCUCCCCAACAGUUCACGACUGCAUAUCCAACAACAAGAUGCACGGGACCAUAUUCUUGACAUUUUUGAUAUGAAAUUAGUUAUUUAACUUAUUUAUACGCCCUACACAAAGAUUGAACGGAAGGUGUUUUUGUCAUUCCAGUUCCUUUGUGAAACGAUGCACUGUGAGUGCUGACUUUGGCCACAAGAUGGCGUUUCGGUGGGGUGAGCUGGACGCCGGUCCAGCGGGUGCUUGAAUUGGACAUGUAUUGUAGAGCUUUGCUUUACCGUUUGCACCUUUUGAGAGAAACGAACAUUACGACAGAAGGGGGACGGGGAAAAAAGUGCUUCUCUCAACUAUGAGUUGAAUAAAGUAGUUCCUACUUUACCUGUUAUCGUCUGGGAUGAAUUCUGCAUAUUGAUUAGAGAAAAUUAAGGCUUUAUUAAAGUUCUUUCUUUGUAUAUAUUUUUAACGGAGUGUAUUUAUGAUUCGUCUGACGCUGUAGGUGAGCAGCAUUUGAAGAGGGGCUGAUUUUGUCGCGCUGCUGAAACCAAACCGGUUUGAAUGAUUUGAAG